UCAGACACAUUCCCUCACACCAGGAGCUCAGAGGUGGUCACAUGGGAUGUGUUAGCGUGUGCUGCAACUAUGGCAACGAAGUUUGAAACGUGGAUGGGUGGAGUGACUCCACCUAAAGUAACAAACAUUUAGCAUUCAAGAUGCCUAAAAAAAGAUUGAGAUGUACAGUAGAACUCCAGAUUCAAGCUAUCACUUGCCCAGGGGUGAUGUUGCCCUCUCAGCAAGACAUUUACCUCAGUGUCCGCAUCAUGGACCAGUUUCAGAAGACGCACUGUGUACCUGCCGUCUUUCCUCUAUUGUUCCACAAAAACAUGGUAUUUACAAAGUCUUUUUCCCAUGUAGUUGACCCCAGUGCCAUUGCUGACCUCCUAGAGUGUGAUGCGACAUUCUUUGAGCUAAUUCAGCUGGUACCACCAGAGGGGGAAAUCUUGGCUACCCUUGAGGAAAACACCCGUGACUUCCUCUACCCAGGGCCUUCUGUGUUUCCUAAAGCCCGCUGUCCACAGAGAGAGCUUCUGAUGAAGAAAUCCAUCACCUUUCCCGGAAUCUCUCCCAAAGUGGAGUUCACCACCACCACCACCAUAGAAGAAUGUGAGGUGAGAGAUAGGCGGCCUGCUGUAUCCUCGAAUUCCAGCAAGUCCCCCGUUCAAUCUGCCAGCGUCAGUCGGAGCCCUGACACCGCGGUGAGGAAAGGGCCAGGCAGCGCGGCGACGGCGGCGGCGGCAUCCAGCGGGUAUGACAGACCCACUGUCGCCUCCCUGACCCGCGCGCCCUCGCCCUACACCCACCGGAGGAUGUGCCAGCUGUCGGAGGAUGCCAGGCAGCGCCUCGGCCACCUCCAGCUGGGGCCUCACGCCUUCAGGAAGGAGACGCGCAGACAGCCCCCCUUUGUGGUUCCCCGCAGUCUGAGUACCUCAGUGCUUGAGACCUCGUACUGGUCGUCGUCGUCUCUUUCCUCGACCAGCUGGAGGUCUGUCCUCAAUGAAUCAACUCACUCUGCUGCAGAUGCUUCACACCUUUCCAGCAGAAGGUCAACUGCAGCUAAAGGGAGGAUGUGUUCCCUCAAAGCCAGCCCUUCCCCAGUGGAGACUACCAGGCAGAGACCCAGCAGCAGUCCUGUCCGAAGGAGGCCUCCGGCCGCCCACUCCACCCCAAUACUGACCAGCAGCAGCAGCAAGGCCACACAGAGCCCGGUGCUCAACCGCUCCUCGCUGAAGGAGAGGUUUAAGAAUGACGAGUCGAGUCCGUGUCGCUGGGAAGUGAUUCACAAACGGGUGGAGAAGAUCCUCAGGAGUGGAACCGCACGCUGCCAGCUCACCUUCGACGAGGAUGAGGAUGAACACGUUGACGAAGGCUGCCAUGAGCCAGCACUCUCCUGUGACAGACAGCGUCUUCGGGACAGCCCUGUAUCAGCACAUGAAACAUCUGUUCACUUGGAUAACGGACAUUACUGGAGCUCAAGAGCGGCAGCCUACACCGGCAAACCCCACAGAGCGGUGUUUGAGGAAAGCUUGGGCCGAAUCUACAAGAACCUCUACAGAAAUAUGUCAAGCACUAGCUGAAGAGACUCCUCAUCACUCUGCAUUAUCAGUAUCACUGAGGGUUGCACAGACACAACUAGACAAGCACUUACUACCAGUUUUGACAUAGAUAUUCAUAAUGCAUUAGUCCUACUGGGGAUGCAAGCUAAAGUGAAAGGGAUUAUGACAGUAACAUGGCAUAUACAUUGGGGUGCUGGGUUCACCCUUAAUGGCUUUAUGAAAAAUUAAAACAAAUCAUGGAUCUUAUUGUAGUGAAUUUAUUGUGACUUAAAAAGGUAUAUUUUGUUUAACAAGUGUUUUUUCUCCCCACUGGAUCAUGUAUUUUUUUUUUGCACAUCCCGAUAGAACAGUAUUGAUAAAGAUGACAUGAUCACUACUAUUCUCCUGAUGCUUGAAAACUAAAAUAUUUACAAAUUGAUUUUGUAAACAGUGUAACAAUAAAAAUCCAUUGAGAAACUCA